GUGUGUGUGUGUAUAACUGUGUGUGUGUGUGUGUGUGUCAGCCAAAUGCUCUCAUGUGCUGCCUCUUGUUCGUCAUCAUCCUCGCAGCCCCUCCCUCCCCGUUAUCCCCCCUCUCUCUCUCUUCCCUCUGUCUCACCCGUCUCCUCUCCUCUCCUCUCACUCCUACUCACCGUACCGGCCCGUCCUCCGCCUCUGCCCGGCCAGACACCCAGUCAACACCCCGCCGACGACUCCACCAGCGGGGACACAGUACCCAUAGUGGGGGACAAACUAGCUGGGACACGACGAGACAGAGAGCUGAGAGUUGGGAGGAAAAACUGCGGGUCGCAUUGCAGCAUCUCAUCUUUUUACCUUCCAUCAGUGUUGUUCUUUAAGAGGAGAAACUAACUUUGUCCGCCAUGGAGAGAUGAGAGAUGAGAGAAUCAGCCCGGAGACUAAACUUGGACACAAACUGCGCCCUUCUGAGCAACAACCAACCAGCAGAGCAGAGGACCGUUAGGUUGUUUUAGCUAGCUAGCUAAGGUGGGACCCGGACGGACGACUUUGUGGACAUUUUUAUAACAAACAACACCGUCUUCUACCGCGUCACUACGGCGGGACAACACCAAAGAUGCUGUCGGGGCUGAGCGAGUGGUUCUGGCAGGAGCGGCUGUGGUUUCCGAAGGGCCUGGGCUGGGCUGACCUGGAGGAUCGGGAUGGACGAGUAUACGCCAAAGCCCAGGACUUGUGGGUGGCGCUGCCCAUCGCUUUCGUAUUCCUCAUUAUUCGUCAGGUCUUUGAAAGGACGGUGGCGACGCCCCUGGCUUCUCUGCUUGGGGUGAAAGAGAUAGUGCGGCUCAAAGUCCCUCACAAUUCCACACUGGAGUCCUACUACUGUAACAUUACCAAAAACCCCACACAGACUUCAAUAGCAAGUCUUUGCAAGCAGACCGGCCAUUCAGAAAGACAAGUGCAGCGAUGGUUCAGGAGACGAAGGAACCAGGACAGACCGAGUUUGCUCAAAAAGUUUCGAGAGGCCAGUUGGAGAUUUACCUUUUACCUUCUUGCUUUCAUUGCUGGCCUGGCCGCCCUCAUCGAUAAACCUUGGCUAUAUGACCUGAAGGAGAUGUGGCAAGGCUUCCCUGUGCUGACUCUCCUGCCAUCUCAGUAUUGGUACUACAUGAUUGAGCUGGGUUUCUACGGCUCUCUGCUCUUCAGUGUGGCUUCUGAUGUCAAACGAAAAGACUUCAAAGAACAGAUUGUUCACCACGUGGCGACCAUCCUCCUCAUCAGCUUCUCCUGGUGUGUUAACUACAUCCGCGCUGGAACUCUCAUCAUGCUGGUCCACGACUCCUCCGAUUACUUCCUUGAGUCUGCAAAGAUGUUCAACUAUGCCGGGUGGCGAAAUGCCUGUAACUACAUCUUCAUUGUAUUUGCUGGAAUCUUCAUUAUCACUCGGCUGUUCAUCUUCCCCUUCUGGAUUAUUUACUGUACGUGGGUUUACCCAGUGACAAUGUAUGAGCCCUUCUUUGGCUACUACUUUUUCAACGGACUUCUGAUGACUCUGCAGUGUCUACAUAUCUUCUGGGCUGUCCUCAUCAUACGCAUAGCAAUCCGCUUCCUCACCCACAAUGAAAAAGUGGACGAUGAAAGGAGUGACAAAGAUGAAACAGAUGAAUCAGAAGAGGAGGAAGCAGAGGAUGAUAAAAAGGACAUGAAGAAAAAUGGGCCAGUGCAGAACGGCCACAGAGUCCACAACAACAACCACAACAAGACAGAGUGAAAGCAAACAAGUGUCGGGACGACCGAAUGUGAGAAGGACUCAUAUCCCUCAGUGGGGGAGCCGGAGGGAGGGAUGAACAGAGAGAGAAAAGAAGAAGGGAUUGUGGGUUAGGGAGGGGGCAAGUCAUUCCCUUAAAACCAAGAACAGCAGGAGGAAAUUGGACACUGUUACUUUUGCACAACACAAAAACACUCACACACGUUCAUUCGUACUCUUAGAGGGCACAGAGAUCCAGCAGAUGGUAUACACUACAUUAAGUGGCAUGGCUCUUUUGCUUUGUCAUUAGAGAAAAAUGUAUCGUCGUCAGUCCCAAAAUUUCAAAGAGACAGGGGAGAAAAUGGACAGAGGAGGGGGGUGAUGCUGCUUCUACUUUAGCUUUCCUUGUUCUGUGUGCCUUAGAGCCAGCUAACGGCUGUUAAAAUGCCAUUUUUAAAAAGCUUUCUGCUUUAAUCUUGUGUCGCGUUGUUUCGUUGCACCUUUUUUUGUUUUCCAAUAGAAGAAACAAAAGAGAAUGAGUUUUAAGAAAGCGAGACAUUAGGGCAUUUAAUUCCCUAAUUUUCUGUCUAUGCAAUUACGUAAGUGUUCAGCUAUUGCAACGUCUUUGCACAAACAUACAGUGUCUCUUAUAUACUGUAAUAACUUGCAGUAGGACUGAGUGCCUCUGCUCUCCAAUGCGGCCUGUGCCAUUUAUAAAUUAACAUGCCUUAUAAGGUUUAAGAAGUAAAUUUGGGGUCAGUUUUGUACAUAAAAUCAAGACGAUUUCUUGUUUUAAUUUCAGUUCAAUUCUUAAUCCAGCAGCUAAUUAUGUUCAAUACCUUCUUCCAAAAGAGAUGUCUGACCUAUAAAGGUCAUCAGUCUCGGUUCUUUGCUGUUUGAUCAGUCAGAAAUGCCCAGAAUCACUGCAAUAUAAAUCACAGCUUCCUGCUAGUUCUGACGAAGCUGAAUGUGUUUCCUCUCUGGUUUGGCUGAAGCUGUUUGAUCCAGUUCAGAGUCUUGAAUCACGCUGAUGCUGCCAUCCACUGAAAAGUGGUUUGCUUUGUUGAAAAGCCAUGGAAUGGGACAGAUUUCCAGAUUUUACAAACGUGGGCCAGAUUUCUUCAAUCCACUGCCUUGUAGCCUGGGUUAUGUUUGUUAACCUGGGUUAGAAUUUUAAGUGUUGAUCUAAGUGAAUGAUUUUAGGUAUGAUUGUGUGUAUGAAACGGGUUUUACAGGUUAUUUGAUGUUAAGGAGGUAAAAUAUACUGAAAUCAAUUUUUAGCAGUUUAGUGUUUGUGAGGGAAUCAAGAGAUGAGUGUUGCAGUUCUGUUGUUAUGCUUUAAAAGUUGUUUGUACGUCAAGUGCCUUAUCUGUAAUGUAUGGGAAGCUCUCACUCCUGUCUUCAUGUCCGCUCGUUUUCUUUCCUGUCUCCACCUCACAUCACAGAUCCAACUCCAAGACUAGUAUCUCCUCACUCCUCUCAUCUCAUGUAUCACUCCUCUUCUUUAUAAAUUACCUUCCUCUCAGACUCGCCCUCAUUCCACCACCACGUUCUUUUUUACUAACCCAGACCAACCAGCAACCUCUCUUCCCGGUGAUACAGAAGAAACAGCUGUGUCCUAAUUACAGUGUUAUUUUUUUUCUUAUUUUGUAUUUUUUUUGUUUAAUGAUGCCUAAGUAUUGUUAUUAAUAAUAAAAGCAAAGAUCAUGAAUCACAA